AUGUCGACAAUUGGCAUCCUUGGUGGUGGCAUUUCUGGUCUCUCGGCAGCAUACUACUUGGCGCGCUUUGGGCCUUCUUCAAACAAGGUCGUUCUUAUCGAAGGGUCUAAACGUGUUGGCGGUUGGGUGCGUAGUCAGCGUGUCGGCCCGGGAUUUUAUCCUUCUCCAGCAACUGCAUCAACGCGCAAUAAGGAAGAAGAUGGGAUUGUUUUCGAAGGUGGACCUCGUAGUCUAAGACCCGUAGGCGUAAGUGGUGCUAUCAUGUUGGAUAUGAUCAGGGAUCUAGGUCUUACAGAUGACCUUUUAAGUGUACCAAAAUCGGAUCCAUCAGCAAAGAAUCGAUACAUUUACUAUGACGGCUCAAUCAACACAUUACCCAAUUCCAUGAGCUCCAUGUUGUUUCAUCGACCACCCAUAUUCAAAAACGUUCUGGGUGCUGCUCUUUGUGAACCAUUCAAAAAGGCCAAUCGAUCGGAUGAGGAUGAGUCAUUGUAUUCCUUGGUGUCCCGAAGAUUCAACGACCACGUGGCCCUCGAUUUGGUAGGUGCUAUGGUCCAUGGCAUUUAUGCGGGUGAUGUCAAGGCGCUCUCAGCCCAAUCGACGUUACGGAUGUUAUACGAGAAUGAGCGCGUUCAUGGGAGCAUUGUCAAAGGCAUGUUGAAAGGUGGCGUCAAUCUCGAGAGCUUUCGUGAACGUGGAAUGGCAGCAAGAGCACGCAAAGAGGAUCCCGAUUGGUUUGGUGAACUUGAGGGCAUGAGCGUUAUCGGCUUCAAGGAUGGUACAGAGAUGGUGACACAUGCACUUCGAAAGCGACUUGAAGAACAUCCAAAUGUUGAAAUCAUCCUUGAUGAACCCGUAUUGCAAGUCAAGAUGAAUAGUGAAGGAAAGACAUCCAAGAUCACCACUACGCAACAAGAUAUCCAUGUGGAUCAUGUUAUCUCUGCAUUACCAUCGUAUGCAUUGGACAAGGUGCUUACGGAUGGCAAACUUCCACACCUCCGACACAACCCCGUCGCAGAUGUCGCCGUUGUCAACUUGGCGUAUAACCCAGAUGUCAAACUCAACUAUGACGGCUUUGGCUUUUUGACUCCUUAUCCAUCACCAUCUUCUCCAUUACCGGUCCCUGGUACUUUGGGCGUCGUUUUCGACUCAAAUGCAAUGAGAGGACAAGAUACGAAUAAUGAUCGCACCAAAGUCACUGUCAUGAUUGGUGGACACCAGUGGUCGAAUGCUUUCAGCAAUGUGCCUAUUGAACAACUUGAUCCUCAAGACGCAUAUAAUCAUGCCAUCAAAGCCAUGCAAGCCUAUUUAUCUAUUGAUGCAAAACCCGAGUAUGCAAUGGUCCAUCUUCAAGCCAAAUGUAUCCCUCAAUAUGUUGUUGGUCACAUGUACCGUAUGGGCGAAUUACAUCAUGUCCUCAAAUCCCAUUACGGCCAUGCCCUUAGUGUCACAGGUGCAAGCUAUCUUAGCGUGAGCGUUCCGGAUUGUAUCAAGAAUAGUCGUGAACUUGUAGAGGAUUUAUUGGUGGCCGGUGCUUUAGGAUCAAGGGAUAAGAUUGUCACUGGUUUAGGACGUGUUGACACUUAUAAAGACACGAAACAGAUGAAAGAGAGUGCUAGAUUAAGCAAGAGCCAUAUCAAUAUCCUUAUGAAAUCAUAA